UCACGUCUGACAAAUAUGCAUGUACCACUGUGGAUUUGAACCCCACUACUUACACUCUGCGGUGUUGCCCAAAUGUACAAUGGUUAUCAUUUCCAGCCGGCUGGCUCAUGGUGUUCCAGUUGACGGCGGUUACGGAAAUGCCAUAGGUUCCUUCGAUAAGGCUGGGCGGGAAGAUUUUGGGAUUGGGCUCUGGCACCCGGAAACAGCGCUGUUUGUGUAAUACUUGUUUCUGAAAAAAAACAUUGAAAGCGACUGAUUACCAACAAAAUCUCACAAACUUUGACUACUCUCCUCCAACAGCAAUCGAGGGAAAACCUGAGCUACAGCUUAUUUUUGUUUUACAAAACUGAAGAAUGAAACUCUUGGUGCUUGGUGCCACAGGACAAACAGGCCAGUUUCUAGUGAGACAAGCUCUGCAGCAGAGCCAUGUGGUGACAGCUGUUGUAAGAACUCCCAGCAAGCUCACAAUUCAUCAUGAUAACCUGAAGGUUGUAGAAGCAAAUAUCUUCUCAGCUGACAGCCUUAUGGAGCACUUUAACGAGCAAGAUGUUGUCAUGUCCUGUCUUGGUUUCCCAAUAAGCAUACUCUCUCGAAUUACUGGAUAUACAGAAUCAAUGAAAGCUAUCGUUGCUUCAAUGCGCCUGGCAAAAGUGAAUCGAAUUAUAGCAAUGACAUCCUGGUACACACAAACUGAGAGUGCACAAAAGGCCUCCUGGAUGGUACGAUGGCUGCUGAUCCCCAUGAUCCGUAGCAUACUGAACAACAUGUAUGAGAUGGAAAAUUAUUUGAAUGAGGAGUGUGAGGAUCUCGAUUGGACUACAGUAAGACCUCCAGAACUUAAGACUGCUCCGGAAACAGAUAAGGAAAUAUUAACUUAUGACGGCUACUUUGUUCCGGAUCAGGACGGAAUUCCCAUUACAAAUUCAGUGACGCGGGGGGAUGUUGCUCGCUUUAUGCUUUCCCAGCUAAAUGUGGAUUUGUGGGUGAAGAAGUCUGUGGCCAUGGUAACAAAGUGAAAGACAAAUUCCUACACUGCUGGGUGGUAACUUCUUUUCACUAUUCCUUAAAAUGGGUGUAUCUAAACAAAUAAGAAACACUACAUUAACAGCAAAACAAAAAUAAUUAAAAGACGUUACCUUGCGUGUAGCUAGGAGCUAAAUGAUUAACCCAAGAUCUAAGUAGCUACUUUCUUUCAUCUCCAGUUUAUUUAUGUAUAGCUUUGGCUGCAUUCAGUUACAGAAUAUUCUUUGGGUUAGCGAUGAUAAAUCAAGCAGGUAUUUGUUCUUCUCUGCUGGGAUAUUUAGUGGGAUUAAUUCUUUCUAUGUUAUUAGAAAACUGCACAGAAUUUUAAAAGCUAAUGAUAUAAAACUACUUGAUUUUACAAGCAGUUUUGAAUGAUAGACUGUAUUAAUGACAAGAAUUAAAUUAGUUUGCAAACUAGUUGCGUGAAGGGAUUUGGAUGCAUUCAGAGAACAAAAUGGGUAAUCAAAGUAAAGAAAUAAUGAUGUAAGUAAUGCAGGUAUACCUCAUCUGAACCUGAAUUAUAUAAUCUGUAUCAACCUGAAUGUGUUUUUGUAGACUCGGGAUUGAAUCUGUGUCAGUGCGUUGCCUAACCUAUAUUAACAAAUUGAUUGCUGACAAUUCAAAAUAAAGGAUAAUAGUAAUGUGUAAUGGAUUCUGAUUGCAUGGUAACUUGCAAAAUUAAAGUAUUU